AAAGAGAGUGUACACGGGGAGGUGCUGAAAAUGACAGCUCCCAGGACCUGAGGGGGAGGAGACACAGGACAGUCCCGGGGAAGAACAUGCAGCCUCGCCGCCUCAGCAGCAAGCGCUCCGUCCUCGGCAGUAAGGUGGGCACGGCAGCAGAGGUUGCCCCGAAGUGUGGCAUGCAGUGGGCACGGGCCGGACUGGGCAGUGGGUCAGUGACUGCUGACGGACGUGUUGCGGUGGAGGAGGAGGAGGAGGUAGAGGUGGUGGAGGAAGAUGCCCAGAGGCUCCCGUGUCCCAGAUCUGUGAGGUGCCCCUCCAAGGUAACACGUGUAAAAUCGGAGACGAAAUCUAAAAAGCAGCAGGUGGAUGUCAGACAAGUUAGACACCUGACAUCAGAGCCACAAAAGAGCCACCAGGCCACAGAAACGAAUGAUGCUCCAUACAUGGUCCUGAGGAAUACCAGCAGACCCACUGAACCUGACCAGGAACUGAACCAGGAAUGCACAAGAUCCAUCUGUUUGCUAGAGCAGAAACAAAAGGUGGUCUCAUCCAAUAUUGAUGUCCCUCAAGCAAGGAAAUAUGCAGAUGAAUUAGACAUGGAUAGAGUGACAGCUGCUAUGGUGCUGACUAGCCUGUCUACAAGUCCUUUGGUUCGCAGUCCUCCAGUUCGACUUAAUGAUAUAAAUGGUUCUUGGAAAGAAGCCGGGUGUGUAUCGUCUAGCACCAGCAGCAGUGGCUAUUGGAGCUGGAACACCACCAGUGACUGCUCCAAUUCAUCAACUCCAUCCCCACCCUUAUCUGUGGACAACUUCAAGCACUUCCGAUGCCCGGUACGCCCAGAUGACACCACUGAUGAUACAGACACUAGCAACAUCUUUUUUGAAGACCCUGUCCCAAGGAAAAGAAAGAACUCCAUGAAAGUGAUGUUCAAAUGUCUCUGGAAGAAAUGUGGCAAAAUUCUGAGCACUGCGGCCGGAAUCAAGAAGCACAUCAGGACAAUUCACCUCGGACGACCUGGAGAAUCUGAUGACUAUGAGGGAGAAGAGGACUUUUACUAUACAGAGAUCAGGCUGAACAAUGACUCCAGCACUGAAGGGAUAUAUAGCCUCUCACCUGUAUCUCCAUCUUUUGCAUCAGUUCCCUCUACAAUACUUCUUCCAAAUGCUGGAAAUUGUGAAACAGAGAGCAAGCUGUACGGCCGUCUCAGCAGAUCAGCUCCUAACUCCUUCUAUCUGAUACAGUCUGAUCAUGCCUACCAGACCACUGCUCCUGUAAACAUUCCACGAAGAUUUAAUGUCAACAAUUCCAGUGUCUCCCGGCUGCUGCCUCAUACUACAAUCAGUAGAGCUUCGAUUCGCCUUCCCUGCAAUACCUAUUCUGAGGAAUAUACAGUGUCAGAUCAUCCAGUGCUGUCCUCUCCUCCCAUAGCUGGUCUGGUGUCAAGAAAGCCUCGCGGUGAAGGCAAAAAGUGCCGCAAAGUGUAUGGAAUGGAGAACCGGGACAAGUGGUGCACCGCCUGCCGCUGGAAGAAAGCCUGCCAGAGGUUUCCUGACUAAAUGAGCGCUGCUGCUCCACCAGUAUCAGAGGCUGCCUGAGAGAGUGAACUGCACUGGACACGACGCUCACAGUCUUGUGGUCAAGUUCACCAUACUCAGGAUUUUCACUCUGAAGAAAUGGGUUCUUACAGAAGUGACGACUUGAUAAAGCUAAUGGGGUGUUCAGUCUAUGUUUGCAUGGUGACGUAUGAGCAAUACGAUGCUCAGCUUUUCUACGAAUUUCCUUCACAUAUUUCUACUUUAUAAGUGAACACCAAGACUGAAAAGCAGAUGCACUGAAAGCAGAUGCACUACGAUCCCUCCUAUAAGGGUUGAUAGUAUCUGGCCUAUUGACUGUGCUGCUAGAUGAGAGGCACUUAUUGCAGUCUUAUUCUUGAUAUUGCCUCAUUAUAUCCUGUAGAGAUGCAGGAAUAGUGCUUCACAGAAACACAUUUUUUAUGAUUUUAGUCUCUAAAAAUGGACCCUACACACUACGAAGGCAGCCAUGUUGGCUACUGAAGCAAUUUCAGCCUAUCACUUUGCUUAGGAGUAAUCUGCAGUGAUUUGAUGGGCUAGAUUCUAAUGAAUGUUUGCUCAGCCACAAAAUGGCCGCCUCAGUUGUGUGUAGGUGACAAGUAUACUCUAAGUUACUUUUUUAUACUAUAAAUACGUGAGCUGUUCAGGACGUGCACAGACCAGAGCUGUGCAGCUACUAAUAGGGGGACUGUUAACUUUUCUUUUUCUUUCUACUUCAGAGAUUCUUAAUAUGCUUCAACAGACAAGCAGCAACUACAACACAACUGUGACUUGUCAAAAAAUAACAUCCAGUACAAUAAGCAAUCAAUGGAUGUUCACACUAUUUAUUGUUAUUGGGCUUAAGUAUAAACAGUAUUAGUGCUGUGUGUUGAAUUGUGUAAAUCACUUAACCAGUUUCAUUCGGUGAAGUGUUUGAUGUGAAAUAAUUUUUAGGUUGUACAGGGGAUUCGGAAAAUGACUUUAAUCAAUCAUCCCUUUCGCUAUGAAUCUUUCGGCUGACCUGUGCACAAAAAGACUGGUCUCACUCAUGAUGCAAACUUGGUGCAUCCCUGCAAGGCAACUGUUAGCUGUAAAGGAAAGAAAAUAAUUUUAUAUUCUGAAAGCUUAGACAUUUGCAAUUGUAAAUCGAAGAUGAUCUAGACACUAUGUCAAACCCAUGGGAGUCAUUCAGAUUCUUGUAUUGUGUCCUAUAACAUCUAAGUAGGAAUCCACUGUAUUCAAUACAUCAUGCAGAUAUUGUUGAUUUUGUACCACAGAACCAGGACAUUGGAAAGGCCUGGUUACUGGAUGGGGCCUGGUCACUGGAGGGGGCGCAGCCACACCCCAUCCUUGAGUACAUUCCUAUGGUGUGCACCAGGGGUGUGGUUGUUAUUGUGUGUAGGCUGAGGGUGUGGCUUGAAUACACCACCGCUGUGCUCCAGCAUCUCAGCUAUGGGUAAUUCACACCCGCCCACCUUUGGUGAUCCCUGACCAUCAAUUGCUCUUGUACUCACAAGUCAUGUAUUUAAGGGGUAUAUUUAUAAAAAAAUAUUUUGCUGCUUAUUCGGGAGGGGGGAAUAACCACAAAUAUUUAAUAUCAUCUUGAUGUAUCACAACAGAGGGACCGCAGCAGAUACCGGAUAUAUCUGCUGUGAUUUCACCAUUCCCGUGUGCAGCCGCAGACGGGAGAUGUGAUGCUGCCAGAUUUACCAAGCUCUAUUGGUCCCCGCAGCUAGUGCUAUCUAAAUAUAGCAUUAGCCUGCUGUAUCCUAUAGGCUACACUACACAGGAAUCACCAGGAAAGGGUUCUUCCAAAACCCUCCCUGGCAAUGGCCACCCGCAUAAGUGGUCAACGGGGACCACGCAUGUGCAGGAGCACCUGCAUGGACUGCUUUCGGAACCCCUGUCCCUGCGGGUUCUAGGUCAUGCAUCUGGCCUACGUAACCGCAUUGUGCAAUGCGAUCUUGAGUACUAACAUAGCGCCAAAUCGCAUUGCAAAUGUAAAGAAUAAUAAAUGGCCCCCUAAAUGAGUAAAAGAGCAGCCUUCUCACUGUCACCUAUUCCUAGAGCAUCUCCUGCUGAUCCCAAUGACAGCAAGGUGAUAUGAGUUUCAUGUAGUCCUGUUCUAAUGUAUCUGUGCAACUGUAAUAAGUACAAGCUUGGUGUUUCUAUUCUUACUCCAAUAUGAUUUGCUGAAUAUUGAUGCUGGAGGUACUAUAAGAUCAGCAUUACCCUGAAUGAUCUAACUGAAAACCAUCGGAUCAUUUCCAUAAUAUUCAUAAACUUGCAUGGAAAUGGUUGCGGUCAGGCUGUAUGAAAGGUCAUGUAUGACCACAGUUGCGCUCAGUAUUUGCACCACGUAAUAGGACCAGUCCAUGUGUCGCCAGUGUUAAUACAAUGGAAAAGCAAAAUAGAAGCUGCCUUCAUUCAGUAACAGCCACUUUAGCUGCUAUAUUAUUUAAUUAAAUAUACUGAGCACUUGUGCUGAUUGUGCGUCCUUGCUAGAACAUUUUAUGUGCUUAUUAUUGAAUUGCACAUAUUAUUCAGAUCAGUAGUUUCAACUUUUUGCUGCUUUUACUAAACUAUUGCAAAAAAAUGCAAACUGCAUUGGAGCUGAUACAGCUACUGUAGUUCUUCAUACAAAUGCCGCAAAUAUGGUAAUAAAAACAUCUCGGUGAGCGCAAAGAUGAGACGUUCUGGCUUAAAUCAUUGUGCAGUAAAAUAGCCACAAGAUUACUUCAGAACCAGGGAGUAUAUUUACUAAAAUUCUAUUUUGGAGUUUCAAGGGAUUUGGCAUUCGAUUUCCAUUCAAUUUGGAUUGAAGAGAUUUACUAAAAACCAAAUUAAAUGUCAAAUCAAUUCUAAAGCCAAAUUCAGCUCACAUCCCAAUAGAGAUCGAAUUUCAGAAAAACAUCUAUAUUUUCCCAUAGCCCAACAUAAUAUCCCCUCAUUUACUAAAAUUUGAUUUACAAAUCGAUUUGAAAUCAAACUCAAAAUUGAACCUCAAAUCGCCAAAUGUUUAGAAUGAUGUUAGACAUUCGAUUUUUGCUUCUAAACAUGAUUCUAAUGGUAGGGAAUUGAUAGUGAUGACCUUUUAAGUACCCAAAAGCAUGUCCAAGGUUAUGGUAUGUUGUGCACCUAUCUGCACAAUGCAAAUCACCACCUGACUGAGAUAACCCUGGGGGAUCAAUCAGACACCCAUUCAGCAGCUUCAUGAGUUGAAUAGUGCACAUAUUUAUACUUAUAGACUUCAUACUUACUCCAUGAAUAUGCAAUAGAUAGCACCAGAGCACAAUAUUUGUGCCAUGAUGCCUACAGCCUCAGUAGUUCAUCCCUGUCUGCAAAAAUUCUUGUGGGAAAAAUGCAAGAGGGAUGUUUGUUGUGUAAGAUACCAGUAUGUGCUAUCAAUCAGCUAAUAGUAAUUGUUACUAUAUUGUUCUAAUUUAUUUCUCUUCCACCAAAAAAAGGUUAUUUAGGCUACGGCUGUUGUUCCUGGCUUCUGACUCCAUUGUUGAAUCCACAAACUCCUGCUGAGCAUAAGUACAAAGAGGCACAUAUAGCCACCCAAUCCAUGACAGAAUGCAUCUUUGGUUUAUUUGAAAAAAUUAUUCAGAAGACAUAUUAUUAUAGCAUUUGGCAAAAGUGUUCGAUAUUGUGCUCUGUUGCCGUCUAUUGCAUAAUUGCGCAAUAAAUAAACCACUCCCCCACCAACAACUGACUAUGUGAGCACAGAGAGUAGAAGGCAAUUUAGGGCUAAACUUAUUUCCAAAUAUAUCAGCUGUAAAUAUAAAAAAAAAAAUCAUCAGUUAGGUUUUCAUGUAUAAAACAGUGUAUAGAGAGUGCUUCCCCUUUUAUUAGUGUGCAUAUUAUACAUUUGGACCAAUAGGAAGCAAUGAGAAACUUCUGUGUUGAUUUUGCAUUUGAUUUUGCUGGGGAUUUUAAUGGGGAUUUGAGGUUUGAUUUUGGAAGAGAUUUCAUAAAUUCACCUCUAAAUCCCUUCCAUGAAUAACAUGAAUCAUCAUUGAAUUUGAUUUGAAAAUCAAAUGCAAAAUAGAUUUUUAGUAAAUGAAGGAUUUUUUAAGGAUUUUAGAAAAGAAUCAAUUUCAGUCGAUUUUAAAUAUUUAUAAAGUUGAUUCCAAAAUAGAAUUUUAGUAAAUAUACCCCCAGGAGGCUAAUUGUAAGGGCCCAUAUUUAAGCCAAAAUUAGAUUUUAGCACUAUAACAUAUUUUAUCCCUGUUCGCAAUUCAGUAACAUGUGGCAGAAAGACCUUGAACACAUCUUGUAGCAGGAGGCAAUCACGUUGCCAGCUGUUAGGAUCCGGCAGUCAGGAUAAUGGUGCCUCAGUCCCGACAUCCGGUGAAAUGCCAGUGGUCGCCUGGAUACCCCACUUGGGUGGUGGUCCACGCCACCACCCAAAAGCAAAUAUAUUAGUGUCGCCACCGAACCUGCGAGGGGACACCGCUCGCCAUCAGGAUUAUAGCAUCGGUGUGAUGACCGCCGGGAUCCUGACAUCUGGCAUAUCAUACUGAUUCCCUUGUAGCCUGUAGUAAUCAGACUUAAAUUAAUUAAUCAAACUAAUACUAGACUGAUCAACACUAAUAUCUGGUUGCUAUGGCUAUACUACAUGCAAUAUGUUAAAUCCACCCAGUGCUAUUUUUCAGCAGGAACUAGCAGGAAUGCUGUUCCUGAACCUCUCAUUAACUAUGACAUAAUAAGGAACAGCGUUCCUGAACCUGUCCUGGGCCGAAAUGUAUUUGCUGCUUCAGCCGGGGGAGGGAGACGUUGAACACUUUAUGUGGGACAACAUACCUUUGUCUCUUGCCCUGAUUGGUUGCCAACCAGUCUCUCACACUGAUUCACCAUUUGAGAUACAGACUGGCAGCCAAUCAGGAGGCAAACUGAGUCAUGGAUCUGUUCUGUGUCCAGGUGUCUUCUUGCAAGGCUAAGGGUUUUGCACUGAGUGUAUAGUAGACUUGGCAAUGAAAGAUGCUAUUGCUGAUAGAAGAAAGAGUCAUGGGAACAUGAUCUGCCCUCAUGUACCCUACUUGUGGCUGAGCCUAGUUUCCUAGUUGCUGAGCCUAGCCCAGCUCAACCUCCAGACCCGAUGUUCCUCAACCUGUUCUUCCAGAAAAAUAGCACCGAGUUCACCUAUACCUUAAUCUUUACUACAGCAGCUCCAGAUGAAUAAAAACACACAUUAAAAUGAAUUGAAUUUAUCUAUGCAAAUCCAAAUUUAAUCCCGCAAGGACAAAUUUGUCUUUUGGUUACCUAGAUUGUUUACUUAAGACUUUAUGGUCAUGUUUCGUAUUACCUUGUUAAGAUCAGCAGUGUUUGUAACAGUUAUUGGAAUUUUAGUAAAUUUUGUUAUUUACUGAAAUACCAUAUUAUUAUAAUAAGAUAUGAGGCAUGAGAUUAUACACUAUAUAGAUUUGUAUUCGUUUAGAGCACAGGUUCUAAACUCGGUCCUCAGGACCCCACACAGUGCAUGUUUUGCAGAUCUCCUCACAGAAUCACAAUUGAAAUAAUGAGCUCCACCUGUGGACCUUUUAAAAUGUGUUACUGAGUAAUUAAUACACCUGUGCACCUGCUGAGUUAUCUGCAAAACAUGCACUGUGUGGGGUCCUGAGGACCGAGUUUGAGAACCUGUGGUUUAGAGCCUAAUCUUGAUUAGCUAGCAUUGGGCAACCAUGUGUACUGUAUAUUACUAUAAUUUUUCAUUGCAAAUUUUAUUUAAGCUAAACUUUUCUGUUUUACAGAAUUUAAUGUGUCGUUAUGUCUUAACGCCUGUUUAUAAUGGGAUUAUCAUUGCUAUGGAUCUUUUGUCAUUGAGUAAAUACUUUCUCUACAUUACAACACAGGUUCUCAAACGUGGUCCUCAGGACCCCCCACAGUGCAUGCUUUCCAGGUCUCCUCACAGAAUCACAAGUUAAAUAAUUAGUCCCGUAUGUGAAUCUUUUAAAAUAAUGGGUCAGUGAGUAAUGACUACACCUGUGCACCUGCUAGGUGAUGUGGAAAACAUGAACUGUUUGGUGUCCUGAGGACUGAGAUUGAGAACCACUGUAAUACAACACCAAACAAACAUCUCAGAGUCUCAGAGUAGUCAUUAAAGGACCACUAAAGUUUGGUUUAUAUGAAAGGGCUACUAAUAAUCUUCACAAAUAUAUUGGUUAACGCUUCAGGAGAUUAUCAAAGCUGAAGAUAUUUGAGAUAAAGUUGUGAUUAUGCAGGGGAAUAUUCGCCUUCAUGUAUAUAAAUAUAUAUAUAUAUAUAUAUAUAUAUAUAUAUAUAUAUAUACAUAUAUAUAUAUAUAUAUAUAUACACACACACCCACACAUAUUAUUGAAGACUGUAAUGUAUGGCCUCCGUUCUCUGGGCUAAAGUCACUUAAUCAACAAUCAGGAUCUAUAUUGUAUUCUUGGUUAGAUCGUUAGGUGUAAUAUUAUUGAGUGCCUUUGCAGCCUACGUGUUCUAUACCUGACACGGAUAUUGAGCUUCCCUUGAACAUAGUCUUUGUUGUAUCCGCCCUACUCCUUGAAAAAAACAAAUGGAUAACUUUUCACUUCCACAAUAACCUUCUGGAUUUACCGAGAUGCAUUUCAAUUUGCAAGAGUUACUUAUUUUAUUGUAUUAAAAUAUUCUACUUGUAAGCUACCUCUGUGUUGUGCACCAAGAAAUAUAUUUCAUAUACAAUCAGUUCAAAGUGUCCAAAUGCCAAACACUGCGUUGAAUGUAAAGUAAACAAAAAUCUACAGUGACAUUGUCAAAUAGCUCAUAGGACACAUUUGCUGAAAAGUAAUUGCUAGGUAAAGCCAAGAUAGCAAAAUGAUGUGGCCACUAGGGGCAGUGUCCUGUUAGAAAUGACAGUUUAUAGAAUCUAUGCAGAGAAAGAGUAACCAACAUGGGAUCAUUAUGUCUAUGAAUGCAGAUAUAUAGAGAUAUAUAAUUGUGUCUGCACAGUAUACCUAGCACAGUCAAUUUACAUGUUUUAUAGUAAUGGAGAAUCACUUCUGUUGAUAAGCAAGUAAGAAAGGAACAAUGUGCUUAUGAACAGAACAUAUCAAUACAACUUAACAGCAAAUAGUUUUUACAUCCCCAAAAUUGGGGGAGACCAUUGCUGCUGUUAUAUAUGAACAAUUUUCUCAGGAAACAAUACUGACUUUUACCAGUAAUAUUAUCUACCACAGUCAGAGGCUUCCACUGGCUCUUCUGAUGGGAGAUGGAAAUUGACUUUUGUCAUUAAGUAUUUUAAUUGAAUUUUAAAAUAUCUAUGGGAGUAAGGGAUCCUCAUCUAUUCGCCAGAAUAUUACUCCAGAGACCCCCACUUUUCCAUAAAUAAUUUAUUGUGGGGUUUUAUCCGCUAACCCCCCCCCCCCCCCCUCCCAAAAAAAAAAGUUUUUAAAAAUGCAGUUUGUGUGUAUUUCUUGUGUAUUUUUAUUUCAGUUGACUUUUAAAUAAACACAUUUAACAUAUUAAUCUUAUUUGCUAACGGGGUUUCCUCCUAUAAUUACAAAAGAACCUAGAAAAGAUUGUACUGUCAUUGUGAAAUAUUAAUAUGUUAAUGCAUGUAUAUUUAUGCUUAUUUUUCUGCCACCAUUACGUAUACUCUUUGCAUUGUUAAAAAGAAUAUUCAGCCUAUCCGCAUACUAGGAUGUACUGUAUGUAUGAGCGAUGAGCAGAGGGCCUGAUUCUGAGAGGCAUACACUGGAGCUAUGUUGCCAUUUUGAUUCAGACUCACAGUUUCUGGAAUGCGGUAGAAAUGUAAAGAGCGUUCCCAGUGGUGUCACUAGGGGAGACGGGCCACUCCCGGGUGUUACCCAUCUAGGGGGUGACACCAAGACGCUGACUCCACUGCAGUGACAGGAGCCGGGUUGCACUCAGCUCCUGUCAGUGAGAAAGAGCUGACAGUGCUGGAAGAGUCUCCGGGGGCUGCCCACAACCCCCUGGAGUGAGGUAUUCCGAGGCUUCCCAUGAAGCCACGCCCCUUUAGUGAUGUCACACCCCUGUAUGUGAAGCCAUACCCCUUUCAGGCAUGGAGGUCUCUUGGGUGCUAUGGACACCCGGUGCUGUUACUGGGCAGUGACAGGGGGUCUUUAAUAGUGGAGGCUAAAGACGCACAGAGCUGUGUUUGAGCAUCGAAAUACUUUCAAAAUGUGUGUCUCAGUCCUUGCACAUUCAGGCGCACUGCUAUACACCAGGAAAGGGCUUUGUAGCGCCAUUAGCAUAAAGCUGCUGACACUACACUGUCAAAAGAUGCAGUCAUUGACGCAGCUGCCUCCAACUCAGAAUCAGCCCCAAGAUGUUACCCUCCAAUGAGGGUGAUUCAGAUGUUAUUUUGUAUGCCCAAACAGGACACUAAACCUGCCUAAAAUAGUGCCCGCAAUGCAAAAAGUCCAGAUUGAGCGCCACCUCAUGAACCUGUGAGCAGAAAUGCCAGCGAUCACGCCCGAACAGCAGAACAACUGAAUUACUGCCAUCGGGCGCCAUCUAGUGGUGGGCGCCUAAAAGAUAAUUGAAUCACCCCCACUGUAUAUAGAAAAUGGGUCCAUUUAUGAGUAUGCAUAAGCUUCUUCCUUGUUUGUUUAUUCGCUUUCAAAGAUCAGUUUUCAAAAUAAGUCCCUGGUUAGCAGACCUGCUCUGAAAUGGAUUACUGCCAAAGUCACACCCUUUCAGUCCCACUUUUCUGCAGAAAUCCACUUUCAGAUUAGAAUGCAAAUGACAAACAUUGAGCUCCACAAACAAAAUGUAUCCUCCUCCCAAAGCCGUGAUCACAAAGCCACGAGUGUUGUAUGUGAGAAUCCCCGUGAUCUGUGAGAUGCUAGUGCCUUGGAACGGAUCUGCUCUGAUGGUAAGCUCUUUGGACAAGCUUCCAGCCAAUAACUAAUUAUAUUUAAGCUCAGACUGUGAGAAAAACAGGAGCAGAACAUGUCUCCCAAAACAUGGUGGUCUUGGGCACUACUUGGGACCAAGGUAGGAAUACAUUUUUAUUCCUGGAACAAUCUUUAGUAAAGCCAUGACAUCAGAAAGCAACUAUAAAAUGUGUAUGUGGGACACACGCUAGUAUGGAUUUAUAUGAAAAUGAUAUGUCCACUUUAAGAUUAUAAUACCAUAGUAUCCUUGUGGUAAAUAUACUUAUAUUCCAUCAUAUAUAUAUUUGUCUUUUCUUUUCUUGAGCGUUUUUCACUAAAUGUUUCACAGCCAAAACGAUGUUCUUUAUACUCUAAAAGUACAUGUCUUAUUGCUGUUUUCCUUGAGGAAAAAUGUUAGUCAGCCAGAUGUUGACAUGUAAUUUAUAUGUAUCUGUGUGUUUAAUAAACUUUAUGUGUUUAUUA